CAUUACGUCAGUUAUCCUGCCAGCGGCAAGAAAGCAGCACCCUCGUCCAACAGGAGUGUGUAUUUUUGUUUUUCUAACUUUUUUGUCCCGUGGAGAAUUAAAGUGAUUCGUGCUUUUUUUCCCCGAGCUAUUCUGAGUUGGGAAUCCUAGUUAAUCGACGGGGAGGAACGAAAGUUUGAAGCGGCGCAUCACAGCUCUGCUGCUUCACUAUGAAAAGUUUGUGAGGAUUUCAGUAUCUACGACACUCUCGGAGAGUAGAUGGAGGAACCAGAAGGUACAAACAUCUGUUACUGUGCGGGAUGUGGAGGAGAAAUUCAAGACUCGUUUCACAUGAAAGUCCUGCAGGACACCUGGCACAACGCCUGCUUUCAGUGUUCUGUGUGCUGCGACCACCUGACUAACUGGUACUAUGAAAAGGAAGGCAAGCUGUACUGUCGCAAACACUACUGGGAGAAGUUUGGAGAGCUCUGCCAUGGCUGCUCUCUGCUCAUGACUGGACCUGCUAUGGUGGCCGGAGAACACAAGUAUCACCCAGAGUGCUUUGUAUGUCUGAGCUGCAAGGUGGUGAUUGAGGACAGGGAUACCUACGCCUUAGUGGAGCGAUCCAAACUCUACUGUGGGAAGUGCUACAAGCAGGUGGUUCUUACACCAAUGUUGGAAAAGCGCUCACACGACUCAGUCCUCGACUCCCCGCCCCACACAGUGACCCUCAUCUCAAUGCCCUCUGCAGCCAAUGGCAAGAGGGGCUUCUCCGUCACAGUGUUGAGGGAUGUCAACGGCUCAGCAUCUGUUCAAGUCAAAGAAGUCAGAGGGAUGCUUAUUAGUCCCGAGGUGCGAAAUGCCAUCCAUGUUGGAGACAGGAUCCUGGAGAUUAAUGGCCUUCCUGUUGGGACCUUGAUGCAGGAGGAGGUGGAUGAUCUUAUUCACUGCACCAGUCACACGCUGCAGCUGCUUAUAGAGUAUGACCCAGUGAGGCAGCGUUUAGAUCGGCUCAGGCUGGGAUCACCAAGAACCAGUCUGGGAGUCCCGGCCACCUCCCGCAUGCGUCUGUCGUCACCUUCUGAUGCAGUCCUGGAAAGGACCGAUGUGGUUGAUGACGGCACGCUGAAAAGGAGGUCUUUGAGGCGCAGUAACAGCAUAUGUAAGUCACCGGGGCCAAAUUCUCCUAAAGAGACACUUUUUAUUACACGAGACAUCGGGCGCUCUGAAUCCUUGAGAUCCUCCAGUAGCUGCUCUCAUCGCAUCUUCCGGCCAUGUGACCUCAUCCACGGAGAGAUCUUAGGAAAAGGCUUCUUCGGACAAGCUAUCAAGGUGACUCACAAAGCCACAGGGGAGGUGAUGGUGAUGAAGGAGCUGAUCCGCUGUGAUGAGGAGACCCAGAAGACUUUCCUAAAGGAGGUCAAAGUGAUGCGAUGCCUCGAGCAUCCUCACGUUUUAAAGUUCAUUGGUGUGCUAUACAAGGACAAGAGGCUCAAUCUGAUAACAGAAUAUAUCGAGGGAGGCACGCUGAAGGAUUUCAUCAGAGACACGGAUCCGUUUCCAUGGGAGCAAAGGGUGAGCUUUGCAAAGAGCAUCGCUUCUGGCAUGGCUUACCUUCACUCCAUGAGCAUCAUACACAGAGACCUCAAUUCUCACAACUGCCUGGUUAAACUGGACAACACUGUGGUCGUUGCUGACUUUGGACUGUCCCGACUCAUAGUCGAGGACAAAGUUAAGCCUCCACCUGAAAAACCAACAAAUAAGAAGAGGGUGUUCAGACGCAUUGACAGAAAGAAGCGAUACACUGUUGUGGGAAACCCUUACUGGAUGGCUCCAGAGAUGCUAAAUGGUAAACGCUAUGACGAGAAGGUGGACAUUUUCUCCUUUGGAAUUGUACUCUGUGAGAUCAUUGGAAAAGUCUAUGCAGACCCUGAGUGCCUCCCUAGGACUCUGGAUUUUGGCCUGAAUGUUGGCAAGUUUGUGGAGAAAUUCCUCCCUGAAGACUGUCCGCCAGCUUUCUUUCCGCUGACAGUGGCCUGCUGUGACCUCACACCAGACAACCGUCCACCUUUCCAGAAGCUGGAGGACUGGUUUGAAGCUCUGUCCCUCAACCAGGAGCUGGGGAUCCCCCUGCCAGCCGAAAUGGAUGAACUGCACCAAAGUGUGAGUCAACUCCACUGGCCUAAAGACGGCUCCUCAUCCCAGAGCACAGAUCAGCCAUCAACGCCAGCGGCGGCGUCUCCAGACUGUUCCAGCAUGACAGACAGUUGCACCUAGGACUGUGCUUCUCUUAUAUGACCCCAGUGAACUGCUGCACUAGUAGCAUGGAUGAGAUAAAAGGGUAGGGAAAUUGCAUUGAGCCCGAGCCAUAUUAGAACUGGAUAACCUGAGGAAGCUGGAUCAACCUCCCUGUGGGGGACCCUAAAUCUGAGAAUGUCUGCGAACUGCAAUGUGAGUGGAAAGACACAUUUCAGAAAGACAAAAUGUUAGUUAUUAUUUUUUUUCCCCUAAUAAGCCCCACUCAACACAUGCAGGUUUGUACUAAUGCUUACUGUGUAUUAAGACAAGCACGCAACUUUUUUUGGUCCCCUCUCUGACAAAAGACGAACAUUUUCAAAGGUGGGAGUUCUCAAUGAGUCUGAUGUGUCAGCGGUUUUGUUUUUCAGGCUCUGAAGUUGUUGUUUGUUAUGUGUGGAAUGCACAGAUCAGUCUUCGUCCACCAGAGGACUCACUUCACUGCAGCAGCAAAGAAAACAAAGCUGCUCCCUAGUCUAGCUGAUUGACAGGUCAAAAGAGGGCAGUGCUUCAAGAAAACUGGUGUGACUUAAAGCAGCAGUGGAAGCAAAGCACAUUGACCUCAAAUGGUUUCAUCACUCUGAGAUUUGGCACAACAUGGCAGACGAUGUUUUGAUUUUUUUUACGUCUAAGAAUUACCGAUCUAGUUUUUGACGAGAUGGUUACAAGUAUGGUUCUGUACUUUGUAGUCUAACGAUUUUGAUUCAUUUCUUAGAAAGAUGAAUGGACACUGAUUAGAUUUUUGUUUCCAUCAAACACCUUAUGGCCGUUUCUAAAAACAGGGAAGAAACUCUUUUGGAAAGUAGCGCUGCUAUUAAUAAUUUUCACACACAGUCAUGCAACAGUUGACCAUAGAAAGUCAUUUUGUACAGAGAAACUGGAUUUUUUUUCUUAAGAAAUGUAUAUAAAUAUGUAUAUAUUAUGCCUCUAAUUUGAUAUUGUUUUCUAACAGGAACUCUAGAUUUGUAGAUUUUUAGACAUUUCGUCAACAAUGGACGUUUUUGCCGUUUUUGCUGUCAUCAUGCAAGGUACCGACGACCAGUUGUAACCACUAUUGUUUAUAUUAGUAGUGUUAAUGAAUAAAACUUCUUCCUUCCUAAA